AUGGCCCCCCAAGACUCUUUUAUCGAGGAUGAGGUCGAUACUUGCCCGCUGUGUAUCGAGGAGUUUGAUCUUUCGGAUCGGAGCUUUAAGCCUUGCCCUUGUGGGUAUCAGGUCUGUCAGUUCUGCUUCAACAACAUCAAGAACAACAUGAAUGGACUUUGUCCUGCGUGCCGACGACCAUACGACGAGAAGACUAUACAGUGGAAGGUGGUGACGCCUGAGGAGGUUGCCGAGUUCAGCGCAAAUAUUCGCAAAAACCAGAAGAAGCGCGCCCAAGACCAAAGGCAAAAAGAAGUACAAAAACGCGAGGCCGAAAAGGAAAAUCGCAAGAACCUCGUUGGCGUCCGCGUAGUGCAGAAGAACCUCGUCUACGUUACCGGUUUGACACCCACAGUUCGCGAAGACGAACUGCUGAAGACUCUCCGCAAACCCGAAUUCUUCGGUCAAUACGGCAACAUCCAAAAGAUAUCCAUCAGCAACCGCAAGGGCACUGACGGACAAAACCAGUCGCUGGGCAUAUAUGUCACGUUCGAGAGGAAGGAGGAUGCUCAACGAUGUAUCCAGGCUGUGAAUGGCUCCCAGAACGGUGACCGGAUUCUCCGUGCUCAACUUGGGACAACUAAGUAUUGUUCGGCCUGGUUGCGUCAUGAACACUGCACGAAUCGCCAGUGCAUGUUUCUUCACGAGCUUGGGGACGAGGAGGACAGCUAUACCCGUCAAGACCUUUCAUCCAUGAACAGUAUCAACACGCAACGACCACUGCCUCCCAACGGUGGCACUGCGCGGUCUGCUUCUCGCCAACAAAAUUCUCCCGCACCACCAGCCCCGUCAGUGCCAGUCGGGGCGGCGCAGCCUAUGGCGCGCACCUCAAGCAAAGAAGGGUCAGAAAACGGCGGUGACGGAUCGGCGCUCCCGUCGUCUGCAAACUGGGCUCGGAACCCCCAGCGAAGUCGCAGAGGCAGUCACGCAACGAGCGGUGUUGCCUCAAGCCCCGCCAUCUCGACAUCGGUGCCAGCUACGGCCGAGAACGGAUCCGAAGGCACCGACGCGGCCCCGAAGGGAAGCUCGACCCCCUCAAGCAUAAGGACGACGAGCGCGGCAACUAAAGCUUCCCCCACUACCAAGCAAAGGAGUUUGCCCGAUAAUAUCCUAAAGGCCAUCCUCAAGGCGAUGGAAGCUUGCCCUUUUACCUGCACGGCAACUGAUCAGACACAAGUCGAUAGUAUACCUCCCAUGUUCGAUCCCCGCGGCGGGGAGAGGCGAAGAGCCAUGAGGGAGGAGGAAGAGGCGCGUCUGGCAGUCGAUCAAGAGGAGCAAGGUGAAGCUCGCGAGGCAUCCGAGGGCGAACCUGAAACUGGAGGCAGCCUCGCGCUUGGAGGUGAACCUGAAGAUCGGGACGCCGUACAUGACUCUGCCUUCGACCGACGGCCAAGCACCCAGCCACCCAUCCAACGUGGGGCAGGUGAUAGGUUGCUCGGACCUGCUGCCAUCAACCCAAGUUUUGCACAGGGCGCGGCGGCAUCAAACUCUGGCGGAAACCGAACAAUGACUCCGCAACAGCAACUUUUUAUGCGUUCGCACAGCGGUUUCGGCGAUCAUCUUCCUCCCGGAAUUGCGACUCCUCACUCGUCUGUCGGCCCGCAGCAGGCGGGGCACAAUCGUCAAGGAUCGAGAUACAGUUUUGCUAAUGACACUUCGGCAUCAUCGGCCGUGAAAGUAUCUGCGAACCCGAGGAUCAUGGCCCAGCAGUCGGCCAUGAUGCCGUCCACGUUCCAUUCGCAGCCGGGUAGCCAGUACUACUCAAACUCUAUACCCGGACCUCCCCCGGGACUCAAGUCGACGGGGACUCCCCCCAACAUGUUCGGGCAGGGCCAUACCUAUGGUGGCGGCGCAGGUUUCGGGGCUGCCGGAGCCCCUAAAGAUUCUGCCGAGCUCCUUCAGAGUCUGAUCCGCGGCCGCGGCGGCGGUGGAGGCAACAGCCAGGCACAUGAAGUCGGAAAGCGUGAGUUUUUGUCUUCUUUUUCUAAUCAGUACCCACCCUCUACCUCCUCCACCCCAGCUCCUGCUUCGGGCCUCCUGGCGUCGCUCUACGGCAACCCGGCCGGAGCAUACCAAGACUUUGGUACGAAACAGAAGAAGAAGGGGAAGAAGCACAGACAUGCUAACACUUCCUCCUCUGGGGGAGGUGGCUUAGUCGAUCUUGCGGACCCGAGCAUCCUGCAAGCCAGGAUGCAGCAGCAACAGCAGCAGCAGCAGCAACAGCAGCAGGGCAACGCCGGAGUAGGGCAGGGCCUGUUCGGAGGUCAGAGCCAAGGUGGGUACAAUCCUAAUAUGAUGUACAACACUCGGUUCCCGGGGUCCGGAUGGUAG